AAGAUUAAUUUGAAAAAACCUUUCAUCUGUAACUUCUUCCACAUGCGCCGCUCAGCGUGAAGCCACGGUCGGCGAUGCUCUCCCUCGUCUUCUCUCUCAGCCGCCGCCGUCCGGGUUUCAAUUGACGGCGUCGCCCGAUCCCUAGCUCCAGAUCUCGGCCUCCUCCCUGGGUUCUAAUUCUGAAUCAACUUUAGUGAUAGAAACCAGCUAGCAUUCCUUAUGUGAUAUUUGCAGAAUGCCGAAUGCCAUUUUCCUCAAUUACAUGAAGCAGUUGCAAAGAAACACACGUAGCAUCUCCUCAUUCUUCAAUGUUGCUGAUAUUCCAAGAGUUUCUUGUUCAUACUGUUCAGCACCCGUUAAUCGUGAUCAAGAAGAUGAACAAGAGUAUAGAGACAGACAAAAGGAUCAUGAACCAAAGGAGAAAACAGAACCUUCUAUUUGCUCUCCAGCUCGAAUCCGAAAGUUGAUAGCUUCUCAAACAGAUCCACUCCUGGCAAAGGAAAUCUUUGACUUGGCUUCACAUCAGCCCAACUUCCGGCAUUCUUAUGCUACCUAUCAUACCCUUAUUCUCAAACUCGGCCGGUCUCGCCACUUCUCUCUCAUGAAUGCCAUCAUCUCAAGCCUCAAGUCCCUUGAUUAUUCCAUUUCCCCUUCUCUCUUUACUCACAUCAUCCAGAUAUAUGGUGAUGCAAACCUACCCGAGAAAGCUCUCAAAACUUUCUAUACAAUUCUCGAAUUCAACAUUAAGCCACGUCAGAAGCACCUCAACUGCAUCCUUGAAAUUCUUGUUGCUAACAGUGACUUCCUGCGCCCUGCAUUUGACCUGUUCCGGGCUGCCCACAGAUACGGAGUCUCCCCCAACACAAAUUCCUACAACAUAAUGAUGCGAGCCUUUUGUCUGAACGGCGACUUGAGCAUUGCAUAUACUUUGUUCAAUCACAUGUUUAAGCGUAAUGUUCUUCCUGAUGUGGAAUCAUAUCGGAUUCUAAUGCAAGCACUGUGCAGGAAGAGUCAGGUGAAUAAAGCUGUCGAUUUAUUGGAGGACAUGCUAAAUAAAGGGUUUGUACCCGACACUUUAAGCUACACCUCUCUAUUGAGUAGCUUGUGCAGGAAAAAAAAGCUGAAGGAGGCGUACAAGCUUCUCUGUCGGAUGAAAGUGAAGGGAUGCAAUCCUGAUAUCGUCCAUUAUAAUACAGUUAUCUCGGGUUAUUGCAAGGUAGGUUGUGCUGCUGAUGCCUGUAAGGUUCUUGAUGACAUGUCUUCAAAUGGAUGCUUGCCAAAUCUGUUAUCAUAUCAAAAUAUAGUUGGGGGCUUAUGCAAUCAGGGCAUGUACGACGAGGCCAAGAUGUAUAUUAAGGUAAUGGUGUCCAAGGAGUUUCGUCCACAUCUUUCCGUUGUACAUAUGCUUGUGAAAGGCUUUUGUAAACUUGGUAAACUCGAGGAUGCUUGUGAAGUGUUGAUCGAGUUGUUGAUGCAUGGGAACGUCCCACAUACCGAGACUUGGGCUGAAAUCGUAGCGAGGAUCUGUGAGGAAGAUGAUGCAGAAGCAAUAGGAGAAGCCAUGAAAGAGGUUGUGAAGGUGGAGAUAAAGUCUGAUACUAGAAUAGUGGAUGCUGGUGUUGGAUUGGAGGAGUACUUGAUGAGGAAGAUGAAGAGUAGGUCAAGGGUAAGUUGAUUGCUCUUGCUAAGAUGUAGUGAUUGAAUCUCCCUAUCAUUGUAAGAGGCGAGUUGUCCCAUAAUGGAUUGAACAAUUUUGACUUUGCUUGAUCAUGUAAUCCUUCAAAUGUGAUUAUGUAAUUUUGUGAUUGCAUGCUUA